AUGAGUACUGCGAUUGAGUCCAGCUCGUCUCUUGAGUCACCUCCUUCACUUCCACCGCUCGACGAAUCAGCCUCCGUGCACUGGACUCUGCCGUCGUUAAUUACGGAUGCUCCCACGUUAUCGCAGCUCGCUCAGAAUCGAGCUCACGACCUUGAGAUCUCAACACCUUAUACCCAGACUGGAUCGUACGGAGGCUAUUCCUCCAAGGGUGACAAAGAGAAGCAAAAUGACGACUCCACGCUACCAAGCAGCAAUACGUCCGGAAUUAUCCUACGCCCUCCGCCGCCCUCACUACCACAGCCAUCGAUGACCAGAGCGCGAGAAGCGGCCUUCAUCUUCAUCACAUGCAUCGCCCAACUUCUCUCGCUAAGCGCCUUGAAUCAAACGGUGGCCCCGGUCAUGGUGUUAGCCGACUAUUUUCAUGUUGAAGAUUAUGGCACGUUGAGCUGGUUUUCAGCUAGCUUCAGCAUGAGCGUUGGCACCUUCAUUCUUCCUGCCGGUCGGCUAGGCGACAUGUAUGGCCACAAAAAAAUAUACCUCAUUGGCUGGCUCUGGUUCUCGGUUUGGUCGCUCAUAUUAGGCUUCUGCUACAAAUCGCACCAUAUUCUCUUCAGCAUCUGUCGCGCCUUCCAGGGCAUCGGACCGGCCCUCCUUGUCCCGAACGCUGUCGCUUUGAUCGGUCGCACCCUUCCCAUAGGACAGAAACGCAUGAUCGGUUUUGCUUGCUUUGGUGCUUGCGGACCAUUAGGCGCUGCCAUUGGCGCGGUUUUCGCAGCGCUGCUGGCGGACCUUGCUUGGUGGCCAUGGAGCUUCUGGAUACUUUCGAUCGUAUGUUUCGUUGUUAUGGGGUUGACUUUCGUCAUUCUGCCCAACGAGAGCGUUGUUACUCCGGCGCUCAAAGGAAACCAGAAACCAAAGUUUGACUACUGGGGAACCAUUACCGGGGUUUCUGGUCUCGUACUCAUCAACUUCGCGCUCAAUCAGGCUCCCCUCGUCACUUGGGCUAACCCUUACAUCGGUACUCUGCUUGCAGUCGGGGUCCUUUUCAUGGUUGCUUUUAUCCUAGUGGAGCUCUAUGCCACCGACUACCCGCUCAUCCCUAUACGAGGCCUUUCGAGAGAUGCCGUUUUCGCCCUUACUUGCAUCGUCGCAGGAUGGGCCUCCCACGGAAUCUGGGCAUACUACCUGUACCUCUUCCUGGAACACCUCCGCGGACACUCGGCGCUGCUCACAUCCGCCGAGACCUCGCCGGUAGCGCUCACUGGCGUAGCCUUCGCAUUUUCAACGGUCUGGCUAAUACAGCGCUUCGGGGUCAGCUGGGUCAUGUUCCUAUCCAUGACGUGCUUCAUGGUCGGCUCGCUCCUCCUAGCCACGAUGCCAAUCAACCAAACCUACUGGGCGCAAACCUUCGUCUCAGUCCUUAUCAUGCCUGGUGCCAUGAACUUGAGCUACCCAGCUGCCAACAUUCUCAUGUCGUCCGCGCUUCCGAAAGAAAAGCAAGGCAUCGCUGCGAGCCUUGUCAGCACCAUGGUCAAUUAUAGCAUCUCGUGCGGAUUGGGGUUCGCCGGAAGCAUCGAUCGGUACACAAUCGAGCACGAAGCGAAGAAGAGGGGGUUAUACCACGGCGAGCCUGCCCCGCUUUCAGACAGAAGCCCGGAGAUAAUGGCGCUCAGGCUUGUUGGGCUGAGGGCGGCGUACUGGUUUGCUGUUGCGCUGGGUGCAUUGGGCAUGUUCGUCGCUUUCAUCUUCAUAAUUGUUGUAGAGAGGAGAAAAAAGGCUCAGAAGGAGGCGACUCCUCCAGCGGGGAACGUUUGA